UAUUGCAAUAAAAAACCGAAGUUUUGUUCAAUAAAAAACCUUUCCGCAUUACUAGAAAUGUGCGCUAGAUUAAAGAAAGAUAUAAAGCAUAUACUAUAAUAAUAUUUUUUAAAAGUCGCCACUCUCCAUGAGCACCACCUUCCUAUACAUAUAUGCCACUAAACUUCCUCUUCUUCUUCACACCAAAAACAAACUCAAUAGUCUUUAUUUCUUUAAUUUCCCUCUCGACUCUCACUAAGUUAACUCACAAAAGAGAAGAGAAACAAGCAUGAGAACGAUGGUCGAUUUAGGAAAGCAUCAUCAUCACAUGCAACUCAUAACCACUCCAACCACCGUGGACUGCGCUCGUGAAUUACGUCACCGACGAACUCUCCGCUCACUCAUCGAAUGCAUACUCCCAUACUGUUGCACUUACCAACAACCUUCCCCUUCGUGCCAAAACGACACUGUUUCGGUCUCUUCAUCUUCUUCCUCCUCUUCCUCCUCAGACCACUCCUCCUCCUCCUCUUCUUCAUCCUCUUCUUCCCGUAGUAACAGCAUCAUAAGUGGAACUUUCUUCGGGCACCGUCGUGGAAGAGUCAGUUUCUGCCUUCAAGACACCGCCGUGGGAUCUCCUCCGCUUCUCCUCCUAGAACUAGCUGUUCCCACGGCGAAGUUAGCCAAGGAGAUGGAUCAAGCAGGUGUUCUACGCAUAGCCCUCGAGUGUGACCGUCGUCGAAGCAGCAACAGUGGCCCUUCGUCGAUCUUUGAUGUUCCGGUGUGGUCGAUGUAUUGCAACGGAAGGAAAAUGGGGUCUGCUGUGAGGAGGAAGGUGACGGAGAACGACGCUGUUUUCUUGAGGAUGAUGCAGUCUGUUUCAGUCGGAGCUGGAGUUGUGCCGGUGGAUAAAGAGGAGCAGACGCUGUACUUGAGAGCGAGGUUCGAACGAGUCACUGGGUCGAGUGACUCGGAAUCGUUUCAUAUGAUGAAUCCUGGAGGUAGUUAUGGACAGGAGCUUAGUAUAUUUCUUUUGAGAUCGUGAAAAUAUUCAUGAGUAUGUUGUAGUUACAAAUUAAUAAGAUUAUUGCCAUUUUCGUGUUUCAUUUUUUAGUCGUGUACAUUGUAAAGUAAAACUACCGAAAGAGUAAUAUGUGCAUAUUUUUCAUUAAGUAAUAUCUAAUUUAUAUAUGUGCAAUUCAUAGUGGUUAUUAUUA